GUGGUACGGCAGCUACGAAACGAGAACUCUCAUUCGGCGGACCAACGCUUGACGGAACGGAUGUGUGCGUGAUCAGAGAUCGGAUCAUAUCAGAUCGGAGUGCGGUCUAUACGCGAUAUAUAUAUACGGCAGAUAGUACGGAUAAUCAGUUCGCACUUGGCCGGAAGAAGGUGGCAAUUGAGACAACUCAACGCUUUCUGCCAGGCGAAAUAGAAAGAAAACAAAUAAAAGAAGUUCAAGUCAAUCAAUCAGCUAAAAACCAAAAACAAAAAAGGAAAAUCUCAACUAGAACGAAAUUUUCGCCAGUCAACGCGAUCGGGCCAUAAAAACAUUCGAGCCAAGAAUAAAAAAAAUAAGGAAUUAAUUUCUUUCGAUUUCGAUCUCGAUUCUGAUUGACAACUGCGAAAGGUUGCCGAGAUUUUUCACACUGCCCCGUCCGUCGGCAAUAGUGGUUGUUGUUGUUGUUAUAUUUUUUUUUUUUUGCAGUGCACAGUGAGUGUGAGAGAGUGUGUACGAGUGUGUGGGUGUAAUAAUCAAAUUUGACAACUGCGCGAAAAACAUUUCGAGAUCAAAACAUCUUUGUAGCCAAAACAAAUCAAAUUGGAAUAAAUGGGCCAAGAAUCUAGUGCAAUUUACUUUUUUUUACUGUGAGAUCCUAUAUAUAUAUAGAUAUAUACCUACAUAUAUCAUAAAAUCCAACUUUGCGAUGACGCACUUGAUGGGUCCCACUGAGUGCGCCAGCGCCAUGAUGACCACCUCGAUGCAGUUCCUGGACACCAGCCUUCCGGAUUACAACUGCUACGCCAAUGACUACUGGACUUCGCCGUACAUGACCGGCGGUCUCAGUCCCAUGAAGCAGAUCGAAGCCUGCAUCCAAACGGCUGGCAAGGAUCGCAGCUCGUACAAGCCGCUGGAGCAGAUCGAUGCCAAGUUGGCUGACAACGAGACACACAGUACAGGCAGUACUGGAUCGGCGAACAGCAGCAGCAGCAGUAGCCUUUCCGGUGGCAACGCUAUCACCAAUGCCAGUUGCCAGGAGCAGUCCUCAAGCCUCCUGCCACCCGAGUAUACCGGCGGCAACAGUGAAGCCUCAACGGCAGCAACAGCCGUCGGCACAUCGUCAACAGCGGCGGCAGCGGGAGGACCUAGUGCAGCCACGGGAUCCAAGAAAUACAAGGGCCAACACAAAAAAGACAGCAGCAAUGCGGAUAAUAAUUCAGUGAAGUCCAACAGCAAUAAUAUCAGCAAAGGGGAAUCCGAGCCAGUGCAUCCAUCGCUUGCCCAGGCCAUUGUGGUGCUGGAGACGAAGGCGCUAUGGGAUCAGUUCCAUGCUCAGGGCACCGAGAUGAUCAUCACCAAGACGGGCCGCCGCAUGUUUCCCACAUUUCAGGUGAGGAUCGGCGGUCUUGAUCCCCAUGCCACCUACAUCUGUAUGAUGGACUUUGUGCCCAUGGAUGACAAACGCUAUCGCUAUGCUUUCCACAACUCCUGCUGGGUGGUGGCCGGCAAAGCGGAUCCCAUUUCCCCACCCAGGAUUCAUGUGCAUCCCGACUCACCUGCCGCCGGUUCCAAUUGGAUGAAGCAGAUCGUGUCCUUCGACAAGCUGAAACUCACCAACAAUCAGCUGGACGAAAAUGGUCAUAUCAUUCUGAACUCAAUGCACCGCUAUCAGCCGCGUUUCCAUUUGGUGUACCUGCCACCGAAGAAUGCCUCCUUGGAUGAGAACGAGCACUCCAGUCACUUCCGCACUUUUAUCUUUCCGGAGACGAGCUUUACGGCCGUAACUGCCUAUCAGAAUCAGCGGGUGACACAGCUGAAGAUCUCCAGCAAUCCAUUCGCCAAAGGCUUUCGGGAUGAUGGCACCAAUGAUGUAACUUCCGCCGGUGGCAGUAGCAUGUCCUCCAUGAGCCAUGAAAGUCAGGCUCGCAUGAAGCAACAGCAACAGCAGCAGCAGCAACUGCAACAGCAGCAACAACAACAGCAACAACUCAAGGAGCGAACGGCGGCAAGUAGCAACUUUAGCUUGAGUUGCACCGACUUGGGCGUAGAGCAGCAGCAGCAGCAGCAGCAACAGCAACAACAGGGUGUUCUGCAACUGCCGGCCACGCCUUCCAGCAGUUCCACCUCCGGGAAUUCCCCAGAUCUAUUGGGCUACCAGAUGGAGCAGCAACUGCAACAGCAGCAACAUCAGCACCAGCAACAGCAGCAGCAACACCCGUCCCAGCAGCAACACCUCCUCCAGCAGCAGCAUCAGGCGAAUCAGCAGCAAUCGCUGCUCCAACAGAGUCAGAAUCAAUCUCAAUAUGGGAGCUAUCAUCAUGCUUAUCAGCCACAACCACAGCCACAUCCACUGACACCACACUCCACCAGUUCCGCAUCCCCGCCAGCAUCAGCAGCGGGAGCAACUGCAUCGGCAACGGCCACGGGAGCAGGACCAACAUCGAUCGGUUCGGGAGCAACACAAGUGAUGACAGCUGCCAAUAUUUACUCGAGUAUUGGUCAACCUUAUGCCCAGGAGCAGAGUAAUUUUGGUGCAAUUUACCAUCACAAUGCGGCUGCUGCUGCAGCCGCCCACUAUCACCAUGGCCACGCCCAUGGCCAUGCCCACAGUCACGCCCACGGUCCAUAUGCCAGCGCCUAUGAUAAGCUCAAGGUGUCACGGCAUGCGGCAGCUGCCGCCUACGGCAUGGGGGCCACAUAUCCAAGCUUCUACGGAUCGGCUGCUCAUCACCAAAUGAUGCGACCCAACAGCUAUAUAGACCUGGUGCCACGCUAAUGGAAAACUAAUUGGAAAAGGAUCAAGAAUAUGUAAUAGAAAUUUGGAAGUAAGAAGUUUUAAAGGUCAGCAAACCGAUUUCAUAUCAAAUAUUCUCAAAAAUUACCUUUGACUUGCCUGUAAAAAAUAUUUAAUUUUUUAAUAUUCUAAAUUUAGUUGAUAUCAGCAAUUUUGUAAUGCACCAAAUAUUCCUGCCAAAGCUAUAUAUAUAUCUGAACACAAGAAAUUGUUCUAAAGUCAAGAAUUUAUUCUCGAAAGUGAGGUAAAAAAAAAACUGGCCUGUAAUUAUCGUUUAUGUUUUAGAGAAAAUGUUAUAAAAAUUUUAAAGAUCAAGAAUUUAAAUCAAGUUUAAGAUAUUUGCCUAUUCCAAAAAGUAAAUUAAGAAUAAUGCAUAACUACAUCCUUUUUAAAUCACAAAAUUGUCUAAGAAUCUGAAGUGUAGAAUAAAAAACUACUAUUUAAAAUAAGAUCAUGAAUAUUGUAUGUCAAUAGAGCCAAUAUUCUUGAUUUUAGAAUAAUUUCGUCAGGAUUCAGUGCAGGAUUCAAGUAUUAGCAGCCAGAAAACCAAAAAUAAAUGCAACAAGUAUUAAAAGUAUUUCUACAGUAAACAAAUACUAUAAUGAAUAUAUUUUUUUUCGUAGCCUAGUUCUUAACUUUAUCGAUUUGUGUGAAACAAGAAAAAUGUUAGAAAAACAUUUAUUUGGUGUAAUUUGUAGUGUAAUUUAAACAUACAUUUUUUUUUGCCUAACAUCUUAGUUACUUUGAUUUUUUUGUAAAUACAAGCACAUAUCC